AGUUCCUUGUUAACCUGUCACAUGGCAGCAGCUGUUGCCGCCCUCUCGAGUGAUCCCCUCAAGGUCUCCACGAUGGGCCGACCGGCUGACCAAGCCGCUAGUGAGGGCUACUCUAAAGUCGUUGAUAAAACCGUCUUGUCGCAAGAGGCCGUCCCCUUUACCCCUGACGAGGCCUUUGACCCCGCUGGGGUAGUUCGUACGGAGGUCCCUGGAGUUGACGCUUUCUAUUUGGACGGCAUCCUUACGGAAAAGGAGUGCGACUAUCUAGUAGGGCAAACUGAGAAGCUUGGGUACACCUUCUGGGACCCCAAGCAUGAGAAUCCGGAAAAUGACUUUCGGUCGGCUUACACUGUGGAGGUUCUGCAUCAGCAGCUGGCCGAUCUAGUCUGGGAAAGGUGCCGACGAUUUGUGGAGAGAGCGGUAGUGGACAUUCCCGAUGACCCGGAGGAUCCGAACUACGAGGUGGAUAUAGUGGGGCGGUGGGAGCCCUAUGGGGUCCUCAGUAAACUACUGUUCGCACGGUACCUGGAGGGGGGUCACUUCGCGCCCCACACUGACGGCACUAGCAUAGUAGACUUCAAUAGACGUACUCUUUACACUGGUUUGUUGUAUAUCAACGACUGUGAGCCUGGUGAUGGUGACACGAAGUUUUACUGUGAUGCCCAGAAGGAGCUCGAGCUGGAGCCUAGAGGCCCUCGAGGGCAACUGAGUGGGCGACCGGAGAACGUAGUGUUCUCAUCACAGUGUAGGAGAGGACGUAUGGUCAUCUUCUAUGGCAGUAGUGUUCUCCAUGAGGGCUCUUGGGCGACGAGGAAAUACAUCAUUAGAACUGACAUCUUGUACAAACGGCGUGAGGAGGUGUGUACGGCCCCUGAGGAUCUACAGGCCUUUCACCUCUAUAUGGACGCCCAGUUACUAGCAGAAAAGGGUCAUUGUGAUGAGGCUGCGAGGCUGUUCCGGAAGUGUUUUAAGAUGAGCCCUGCAUUAGCUGAGGUCUAUGGUAUGUUGUAGAGGCCCUUACUGUUG